GAUGGCGAUGUCCAAUGAAAAAAUCGAAAAUUGUGAAGUAUGCGGUGCGGGUAAAGCGAAAUACACGUGUCCAAAAUGCGAGGUUAGGACUUGCUGUCUUCAAUGUGUAAACAUUCACAAAAAAGAAUUAACGUGUGAUGGCAUUCGAGAUAAAACAAAAUUCGUACCACUAAAAUCAUUCACGGACUUAGAUGUCUUAAGCGAUUAUCGAUUACUCGAAGAAGUCGGCAGAUCGGUUGAUCAAUUAAAAAGAGAUCCAUUAAAAAGAUGCACGCGUCAAAAUAUUUUACCAAUGCAUUUAUCCAAGCUCAAAUCAGCUGCAUUCAAAAAGGGAAUUAAUUUGGAAUUCAUGCCACAAAAUUUUAGUAGACACAAAAAUAAUACAACAUUUUUAAAUUGGAAAACUAAUGAGCUGUAUUGGAGAGUAGAAUGGAUUUUUCCACAAGCAGAACAGAUAAAAUGGACUACAGAAAGGGCUCUGGACACUACAAGAUUAUCAGCUCUUAUAGAAGAAAUUCUGGAUCCCGUUAAGUCAUUAGAAAAUAAACAUGGCAUAGAAGAGUUAAAUUUAAGAAUGCAUUUAAAUGAUAGAUUACAGUUCUAUCAAGCAGCUAGCUUAUCUGGAAUAAAAGUUCUUUUAAAGGCUGAAAAGAUUAAAAAGUCAGAAUCAAAGUUUUAUGAGUUAGACAUUACACUUACCUUGAAAGAAAAUCUAGAAAAUAAAACUAUCAUAGAAUUUCCAACAAUAUACAUUGUCUUGAAAGACCAUUUGGAUAUGUAUGAAGUUGUAGAUACUGACAAUGAAGAUAUGGAAGAGUCAGAAAGUAAAUUUAAUAACGGAAAUGUAUUAAAUAAGAGAAGACGAAAAUAUAAUCAAAUUAAUAGAAGAGAGGAGAAAAGCUCAACUGUAAAUUACUUUUUUAACUCCGAAUUUUCGGAAUCUGACGAAGAGAAAAUGAACGACGAUCGAAAAGCUAAACAGUCAUCUAAUUUUAACAUCCCAAACUACAAUGAAUUAGUUAAAAUGGAACAGUAA